UUUGCAGACAUUGUUAGAUCAUCAACAUGGGCUGGACUCCAUAUCAAGGCUUUUUAGCUGGGAUGAUGGUUGUGACUGGAUCCAUCAACACACUGUCAACAAAAUGGGCUGACAGGCUAAAUUCCACAAAUUCAGAGGGAAAAGAGGUUCCCUUCAAACACCCAUUCCUACAAGCAAGUGGGAUGUUCUUGGGAGAAUUCACCUGUUUCAUUGCCUUCCUCAUCCAGCAUUUCUAUCAUCGGAGGAGGCAGAGGGAGAUAGGAGACCUGAUCCCAAUGAACACACGCCUCAUCAACUUCAACCCACUCAUCUUCCUGGUCCCAGCCUUGUGUGAUAUGACAGCCACAUCUACUAUGUACAUUGGGCUCACACUUACAUUUGCUGCCUCUUUCCAGAUGUUUCGGGGAGCUGUGAUAAUCUUUACUGGCCUGCUAUCAGUGGCCUUCCUUGGCCGAAUCCUCAAGUCAAGGGAGUGGAUAGGGAUUUUCUCUGUCAUCCUUGGCCUUGUGAUUGUUGGACUCACUGAUACAUUCUUCUCCAAAGAGGUCACUGGUCGUCGGAAUGACAUCAUUACUGGUGAUCUGCUGAUUUUAACAGCUCAAGUGAUCACAGCAAUUCAGAUGGUUUAUGAAGAGAAGUUUAUAUCCAAGUACAAUGUUCCUCCACUCCUAGCUGUUGGGCUUGAAGGUUUCUUUGGGUUUGUGGUUUUGGGUGUACUCCUGGUCCCCAUGUAUCACAUCAAAGUGGGACCUCCUUUUUCUGGGAAUCCUCGAGGAACCCUUGAGGAUGCUCUUGAUGGCUUGACACAACUGGGAAACAAUACUUUCCUCCUCCUUGCUUUCUGUGGCACAAUUGUGAGCAUUGCCUUCUUCAACUUUGCUGGUGUGAGCGUGACAAAAGAGAUUUCAGCAACAACAAGAACAGUCUUGGACAGUGUGAGAACUCUGGUCAUCUGGGUGGUGAGCUUGGCUCUCAGCUGGCAGGGAUUCUUCUGGCCUCAGGUCUUGGGUUUCCUGGUCUUGGUGUUUGGGAUGUGUCUGUACAACAACGUGAUUGUGGUGCCUCUACUUCGCAAAUGGGGCUGCAUGAAACCUGAUGAACCUGAUACAGAACACCUCAUUGCACAACGUUCCACCCUUUACUCCGACUCUGGACCUGAAUGAUAGCCAUGAACAUGUGUAUGCAAAUCUUGUUAUUUAUAUGUAAGUAUUGCAUAACAUCAGUUACCUUUCCUACCAUACUUGAGUUUCUUUUGUUAUUUUGACAGUAAGUAGUUGAUGUGACCUGC